AUGAGCAAUCAAUACCAAGAAGAGAGCUGCUCUGAGAGGCCUGAAUGUAAAAGUAAAUCUCCAACUUUACUCUCCUCCUACUGCAUAGACAGCAUCCUGGGCAGGAGGAGCCCCUGUAAAAUGAGAUUGCUAGGAGCUGCUCAGAGCCUGCCUUCUCUGUCUAACAGGACAGAACAGGACAAGGCCGUGCAAGGAUCCCCCAAGGGGAGCCCCCCGUUCGAGCCCGCCGAGCUGCAUCUGCCCCCCAAGCUGCGCCGCCUGUACGGGCCCGGAGGGGGCCGGCUGCUGCCGGGGGCUGCCGGGCCGCGGGCGGAGCGGGCGGAGGGGGCCGCCGCCCCGUCCUGGGACACGCUGAAGAUCAGCCAGGCGCCCCAGGUCAGCAUCAGCCGCAGCAAGUCGUACCGGGAGAACGCGCCCUUCGCGCCCCCGCCGCCCGCCCUGGACGAGCUGGGGCGCCCCGAGGAGAGGCCGGGGCCGGCGGCCGCGGGGGUGCCCGAGGAGGACGAGGACGAGGACGAGGAGCUGCUGGAGGAGGAGGAGGACGAGGACGAGGAGCUGGAGGAGGAGGACGAGGAGGAGCUGCUGGGGGAGGCCGGCGGGGGGCUCCUGAAGGAGCCCAGGCGCGGCGCUGCUCCCGCCACGGGGCCCGACGGUGGGGAGCUGUCCCCCAAGGAGGAGCUGCUGCUGCACCCGGAGGACGCCGAGGGCAAGGACGGCGAGGACAGCGUGUGCCUGUCGGCGGGCAGCGACUCCGAGGAGGGGCUGCUCAAGAGGAAGCAGCGGCGCUACCGCACCACCUUCACCAGCUACCAGCUGGAGGAGCUGGAGAGGGCCUUCCAGAAAACCCACUACCCAGAUGUCUUCACCAGGGAGGAGCUGGCCAUGCGGCUGGAUCUGACCGAAGCCCGAGUGCAGGUAUGGUUCCAGAACCGUAGGGCUAAAUGGCGGAAGAGGGAAAAGGCUGGGGCUCAGACACACACCCCAGGUUUGCCUUUCCCUGGUCCCCUGUCAGCAACUCACCCACUCAGUCCAUACCUUGAUGCUAGUCCUUUCCCUCCUCAUCACCCAGCUCUAGACUCCGCCUGGACUGCUGCUGCAGCAGCUGCUGCUGCCGCCUUCCCUAGUCUACCUCCUCCACCUGGUUCUGCAACUUUGCCACCAAGUGGGACUCCGCUAGGCCUCAGCACUUUCCUGGGCGCAGCUGUAUUCCGGCAUCCAGCCUUCAUCAGCCCUGCAUUUGGCAGGCUCUUUUCCACUAUGGCUCCCCUGACUAGUGCUUCCACUGCUGCUGCCCUACUGAGACAGCCCACUCCUGCCGUGGAAAGUGCAGUGCAAUCAAGUGGGCUAUCAGAUCCAGCAACAGCUGCAGCAGACAGACGGGCUUCUAGCAUAGCAGCUCUGAGGCUGAAAGCAAAAGAACACGCAGCUCAGCUCACACAGCUCAAUAUUAUCCCUGGAAACAGCACAGGGAAAGAGGUGUGCUAA